AUGAUUUCCUAUAUUUUCCUUCUCUUACUCCUCCCAAUUUCUGUCUACGGUCAAGAGGAUCAAGAUGACAUUUGUCUGAAAAAAUUUCAGGAAGCUAAAACAUGUAUGGAUAAACUCCCGUUAUCCAAAGAGAUUGACAAGGCUCCAUUUUCGGAUGAAGCUAAAAAUGAACAAUUCCUAGAUGAAAUGAAACAAUUGAGAAAUUGUGUGCCUCAUGAUGGUUGCCCAGUUUUGAAUCGGUUUGUAUCGUAUUUUUAUGAAACCGAAAUGUAUGCAAAAUAUUUUACCAACGCAACUUGUAUAACCCCUGAAACUCUUCCCAAACUUCUGAAGACUUGUAACAAAAGACCCAUGCCACCAUCAGAUCGUGUUGAACCUCAUUGCGACAAAUAUGCGGACAGAUGUUUAAUCAAUAAGCUCAAGGAGCAAGGACAGUGCUCCCGUCUUCAAAUGGCUUAUUUCGGAAUGAUGCUACAAACCGCUAAAAUUAUAUGCGAACUAGUAGAGGAGAAUAGAGAGCAGUGGAGUCAUUAUUUCAAUUUGGUUGAUGUGAAAAUUGAUUUUCCUGUUAUGUGA